AUGGCUGGGAAGCGGCGAGAGGAAGGGAACGCGACUGAGGAGGCUGGAGCCCAACACCAGGCCAAGGCGCUGGCUCAGCGUACGUGGAAGAAACAUCAAGAACGUACCAUAUUCACCCAAAAGCAGCAUGAAGAGUUGGAGGCACUGUUUAGCCAGAAUAUGUUUCCAGAUAAAAUUCUCCAAAAAGAACUAGCUUUGAAACUCAACCUGCAUGAGUCAACAGUAAAGGUUUGGUUCAGAAACAGGAGGUUCAAACUGAAGAAGCAGCAGCAACAACAGCAGUCACAAAAGCAACCAAACCACAUCCUUCCAGCCAUGAGGAUUAUGCCCACCUCACCCAGAACAUGCACAAACCCUCAUAUUUUUCCCCCUGUGGUUUCAGAUUUCUAUAGUUCCCCUCCAUCUCAGCCCUUAGACCCUUCAAAUGGGGCAUGGGGCUCUGUCUUCACUGAGAGUCCCACAAGUGGUUUCCCAAUGGAAGAUCCUUUGGUGGCCUCAGUUCCUGCUUUGUACUCUGAUGUCUAUGACAUUGCCCAAAUCAUAGACCUGUACAGUUUUCCUGGUGAGGAUGAGACAUCCAGCUCUUCCUUCCACUGUCUGUAUCAGUAUCUCUCACCCACAGGGUCCCAACAAGGAGAACAGGGUUCCUCUCUUAGCCCCUUUGCCCAUCCAGCUAUAAAGCUACCUCCAGGGCCAACCUGAUCCAGUGUGAUGGGCCAAAAUUUUGCAUCUUGCACAAGAGACAGUCUAGAAUUCCAGAGCACCUCCAGUAUGGUAGACUUGGAUUUCUCUGAUCAAAAUGCUAAUAAAUAG